CUUUCAAAUAAAUCAAUAUUUCGAUCAACAUCGAAUGCCAUUAAUGCAAAUGAAGAACUGAAAUAUUGUUUGAUAUUAAAAUUGUUUAUUAUUUCUUCAAUUUCAAAUAAAAUGUGUCCCAGUUCGAGCAGCAGCGGCAGCUGGCGGUGGGGAUCGCGAAUCAAUCCGAGGAACCUUGGUGAGUUGGUAGUCUCCCCCUCUGUGUAGAAUCGUAACUGUAUGACUGUGUGUACUGUGCCGCUGACAAUGAGCCGCGGCGGUGACUGUGAUAAGUGAUCGCGUACCCUUCCUCGUCGCUAAACGCGUAGUGGCAGUGGAGAAAGAUAGUACGUCGGCCAAGGAAAGAGUCUACCUCUUGAUGACUCGCGCUUUACGUAGGGCGCAACGUAGCCGGAGCUCACAAUUAUGUUCGAUGUACCGCCCAAGUUCUACGAGCUGUGUCGCCUUUGUUUAUCGUCGGACGGUGUCAAAUUGUCCAUAUUCAAGGAGGAGGGCGCCCAGCGGAACUUCGCCGACAAGAUACUGACGUGCCUCUCGAUUACGGUGAAAGAUGGGGAUUCUUUGCCACCAAUCAUUUGUCACCGAUGCGUGUAUAAGUUGGAUGUACUGUACAACUUCCGUGAAGUGUCACACAAAUCUGAUGUCAUACUUAAACAGUACCUGGAUUAUGCCAAGCAGUUAUCAUCACACGAUGAUCAGAAGUCUUUCUCCACUGCCAAAGUAGCAGGCUUAAGCCCACUACAGUCAUUUCUCCAAUUGAACAAAACAUUGUUCAACGAGGAGCCUAACUCUCCGGCCAGCAUUAAUCAAAAUAUUAUACCUCAGACGCAAACGCAUCAUUUGGAGUUGCGCAGCAACGACAUGCCCGAGCAGGACAACGUUAAGUGUGAACCAGAGGAUGAUACGUAUUCGAACAGUUCCGAUCCAGACAGAUUAGAAAUAGAAGAUCGGGAUGAACAGGAUACAGAGGGGGAAGAAAAUGGUUAUGAUAUGACCAUUAACAAGAGAAUGAAAGUGGAAACAAAUUACGAGGGAUCGAAACCGAAUACCCCUAAUCACAGUCCAGUGAAUAGAAUGGACACACCAGAAAGUAAUUGCUCGGACACAAAUAUCGAUCAAGAAACAACAAAACUGUGGCAAGCAUUAGCAAACAACAGGAGUUUAGAGAUUACAAGGACAAACGGCGACAAACUUAAUAAUGGAUUUACUGGCGAGGCAACUAAUCUUCUUCGUUCUUUAAUCAACAAUAGACAAAUUGGUAUUACUGCUGUCGAUUCUGACAGAGUAUCACCACAAAUUAGGUUUUACAGAGACACCCAAGGGACAACAAUUGAACGCUCUAUACCAGACUGUUCUGUUCUCGGCAAUCGUACUAACGUCUCGUGUAUAGAAAAUAAGGGUACUUCCAUGGAUAGCAAUCCAUCUAGCCCCGCUAGUAUCGGUCGAAAGGAAACUAAGGGCCGCAGAAAACAAAGUUAUCCCAGUAAAGCACCGAUGAGUCCAGAUAUUGUUAAUUAUCAACACGAAUCUAACGAAGAACAAGCACAAGAUUUUACAGCGUGGUCAAACAAAAUGAAGGGAAAGGUAGAGGAUCAGAAACAACAAUUUGAUCAACACAGUGGUAACAUGACAAAAAAGGUUGACAUGUCCUGCACAAACUGCGGUACUAUGACUACAACAAUUUGGAGAAGAAAUAUGAAAGGAGAAAUGGUCUGUAACGCGUGUGGGCUCUAUUACAAACUACAUGGAGUAAAUCGUCCGGUGACCAUGCGGAGGGAUACAAUACACACGCGUAGACGCAGACCCAAGGGCGAAAAACCAACAAGGCAUAGAAAAAAAGGAGACACAAUUUUGGCACCACAAUCUGAACAAAUGGAUGCCGAGAGUGCAGACAUGUUAGCUGCUCUACGACGACAAAUCCAACCCCACUUAAUGAUGGCCGCGUUAACGCCACCACAUUUACCUGGUGCCCAUCCGCCACCCUCUGCCGCUCAACUUAAUUACUCCCUCCCCUUACCUAGUUAUAUGAUGCACCAUGUAAAAUCGGAAGGACGAGAACAGUGUCAUUUAUCUGCGGAUGCAGAGGAAACAGAGGAAGGAGACGAAGAAAAUGUUUCGGACGUACCAUUGAAUCUAGUUGCGACCUCGUUAUCCGAAGAGACACACUGAAACAUUUUGGCCAACUUCAGAACGACUUCGCUAGGUAUAUAUAACAAAGAAUCUCUAGACAGAAUAGACUGUCCAACGAUAUAUAGGGCGUAGAAGAGAUGAGAUUGUUCUCCUUCUCCAUUCUACCGCCACUUCUCGUCCAUAAACCUCCCUUAUCUGCUCUCGGUUUCUCUCCUUUCUCUUUUUCACGAUCUUGAGAAAUUAGAGGUGGUAGAAUAUUGGGAUUUAUUUCCCGCGAGCUACCAAGCCCGUGGUGCAGAGCGCACGAAGGAACGAUGAUAUUAAAUACGCAGUAUUAAUUACGUGGUUAUUCAAAUUAUGUACAUAUAUAUACAUGAAUACGAAGAAUAUUUUUAUACAAAAUUUUCUACGCUUGCAGCUAGAGAGCGACGGGCGAUCGUUGUACAUACACGCGCAAAUUGUUCUUUCGGUGUCGCAUGUAUUUUCGCGUCAAAGAUAUGGUGGUCGUUGUCUGUUUUCUUAGUGGUGUAAGAAAAUCAGUCACCAGUGAAAGAUCUAGAACGGUGCUGGAUUUACUGUUCGGAAAGGCUUAGAAGUAAAUGAAGAAUAAAAAAAAAGAUUUGUCACUAAAAAUUUAGUGAACAAAAUUUCACCGUUUUGUUCCACGGGCUUUUAGCUGUCAGUGACGUAACAAUCAUAAUACUCUCGUUAUCUUGCGUAAUAUUAAGCUAAAAAUGACUCAGCUGAACUUAACUAGUGAACAAAAAAAAAUUUAUUUUUUAAUCGGCUUUAAUAAGGGACGAAAAUGUUUCGCGAUUAAGAAGGUUAAAAGUAAUCGAAAGAUAACUAAUAGAACAGAAAACGGUUGUACGACGUGACAAAUGUUUACUAAAAAAAAUAUCCGAUACGUACUCGGUAAUUUGAGCUUUGCCAAAUUACGUUUAUGCCAGUAUCAUCGUAUUCUAGUGGCCUUUCAGCGGUUAAUCAUUUUCCUCUUCCCUGUUAGCUUUUAUCUUGCGCAGUAAGUGCAGAUAAGUUACUUACAGAUAAAAUCUUAAUUUAGAUGACGUAGGUACUUUUUUUACAUGAGCACGAGACUGCCGAUGUAAACACAUUUAAUACUGUUUCUACCUUUUACGUAUUAUCUCCCCUUUAUCCACUAUGUCUCGGAAGGCUUCUCGACUGCUGACGCAGUAAUCGAUAAUUUGUACUUAAUAGGCAAAGCAACGCACCACCAUGUAAGCUAAGACUCCGAAAGCAAUAAGAAACGCGAUGGUACGUAGGAUAGAUUGUCGUCAUACAAUACUCGUUGACAUGCUCUCUCGACGACAAUUAACAAACAUACAAGAAUUUCAGGAAGUAAUACUUAGAUAACACUCACUUGUAUGCCAGACGUUAAAAGUAACAAAUUUUAUUGCUCCACAGUUGCUGUAGGCAUCCACGAACCUCACAAUCUUUUUCAAUAUUUCUUCCUUAACUUUGUUUUGUCUUAUAUUAUUCGUAUUAUAAAACAAGAAACGAUACUAUCGAUAUCGAUUAACAAAACUGCUUAUUAUCGAAUCUGUCAUUUCCGUCAUCGACUAACAUGUCAUCCCAUUAUGUCCCUAAGGGCUAUCACUGAUCUAUUUUUUCCAGAAUGUACAGAUCUUGUGUUAAUAAACAGGUAUUAAGCAAACCUAAAUAGCACAUAAUACGAUGGCCAGUGCAUCUACUCAUGUAUCGUUAUAUCUAACAUUGUAUACCUAAACAACUUUGCCAAAAAUAGAUUUAGUCUAUGUAACAUAGAGUAUAGUUAAGGGCAUACGAUAAAAAUUAAUGUUUUAUCUUUCUCUUUCACAACGUCAUGCACAACAUUUACACAUGUCUCCUUCAUUUUUUCCCUUCUUAUGUGUCUUCUUAUCAGUGAUACCUCUUGGCCAGCCGCUUCGUAGAGCUUUUAAAUUUGCUUACAGUAAUUCGUGGAGCAACUUAGUCUUAGUCGUUAUCAAAGGAGCCUUAUAAACACACUCGUAUAAGUAUAUAUAUGUAUACAUGACAUAUAUUAUAUAUGUAUAUAUACAUAUACCGAUAUACUAUUCUAUAUUAUCGUACGAGUACGAAAUGAUACCACAAAUCAGUGCUGUUUCUCUAUUUGUUUUUUCAUAUUUUUUCUGAACUCUAGCGGGCAGGUUAUUCUUUAUAUUGUAUAUAUGAAAGUUAACGAUUGGUUUAUAUGAUUUACAUUGUGUAAUGUUCUAGUAUGAAUUAAUGAGGAAUAGUAUGUAUAUAAUGUAUUUAAUGAAUAAUAAUAUACGCAAUGUAUUUCGAGUAUGACGAAAUUUGAUUUUUGAACGGGAAACGCACUGCGAACUGUGGUAUCUUAAUAUUGAUAACACGAGUAUUGGAGGAAGAGACAUAAGCGAUGAUGAGGUUUCUUACUAGUGUAAUCCGAAUGACAGAUUGCUAAGCUUUUCUCUCAUACGUCGAAAUGAUCCUUCCAUUUAGUACGUUUUCAAUAUAUUACUUGUUUCACAAGUAGAUCGAGGAGUGUCGUAUUUUUUAAAUAAGUAUCGAAAAGUACAAAUAUUGUAUUUUAUUUUUUUUCGCUACAGAAAGAAUCCAACAAAAAAGGUUAUUUAAUUCCGUUACUUGGUUUUCAUUCUGCAUUUCGUUUAAAAUUAAUAAUUUGUAAAGCCUUCGAAUCUAAAAUUAUUUUUUAGAAACGAGAUUUCAAUUUUCCUUGAAUCUUCUUUUGUGUCGAAAGUGACACUUGUUUAAAAGAUACGUACCGGUUUUAGGUUUGACAUCUCCUUAUUAGAGAAUGAAACUGAAAGUAAACAGUUAUUAAAGUACAUAAGGCCUGAUACUUUGUCAGUCCUGGACCGCCAGUUUUAAAUUAUGUUGACAGAACAUUGUGUAGCAUACCAUUUUAAGUGUACCAUACGCGAAGAGAAUGAAUUAAUUUAUAAAUAACACUGAUAGGAGAAGGAAAAGAAAUGGGCAGUUAUUCGCUAGGCAUUUUUUUUUCUUUCAAUUAUACAUUGGCUCGCAGUAGCUUGUUAAACAACACAGAAACAUAAUUAUUAUUAUUCUUAUAUAUAUAUUUUUUUUUAUUAUUAUUACCAACGUAGACGCGUAAGUAGAAUAUAGGUUUGAGCUCUCUACUAAUUCUGAAAAAAAACUAGACGAUAUUUUUUAUAAUUAUUAGAAACGAGGAGUCGAGUAUUUCUAUCACGUUAUUGAGUAUCGAUUGAUUAAACUGUAACGAUAUAAUACUAUUUUUUUUUUUUUUUAAAGUAAGGUUUAGUUGCAAGACCGCCACUCGAACGGUUCGUUUUUAACAAUGGUAAAAAAGAAAAAGCUGAGGCUUCUUAUAGAUUUUUUUUAUGUAUCAGUAUUCUACGCGUUUGACUUUAGUUGUUAAGAAGUUUUAACCAACACUACUUAAAAUGAUCCCCGACGGCGAGAUUUGUCUUACUUAAUUAUUAAAUUAUUUAGUUAUCUCCCAUGUCCCUUUACCCUAGUACCCCAUCUCCCGCCUCCCCUUACCCGUCCUCUCCUUGUUUUUGUACGUCUAUUUUUACAUAAGUGACCCUCCCCGGAUAUUAUUUAAACUAUAAUUUAUUGUAUUCACUGUUUUUUGCACCGACGUUUGCGUAAGACAUUUGGCAACGACUGGCUUAAUUUAUUGUUUCUAUUUACAUUGUACUUUAUAUACAAGUUUCACUCUUUUUUUUCUCUUUCUCCUUUUUUUUUUUUUUUUUUUUUUUUUGUAAACGAGUAAUUAGUUUGUAUGAUCAGGCACUGCGCGCAUAUGGUCAUUCCCUCCUUUUUUUUUCUGAAAGACACUCGUUAACAUGUGCGAGAUGCGGACGGUCGACGCUUUAGGUGCCUUCACCUGGAGAUUUCAUUGAAUACAAAUGUUCAAGUAAUAAUAAUAUUAAUAAUAACGAUAAUAAACUAUUAUUAUAUGUAUAGUGUGUACAACGCGUGUACGAUCACGAGUGUAAUCGCUGUUGCGACUCGAAUAACUGAGUCCCAGGUGCAAACAUAAUUGCCAGAAAUUCCACAUUAUAGCGACGUGGAGGCGACGGUGAUGGAAGCAGAUCGAAUCGGCUCGACAUGCUUCAUCGCCACGCGGUAAUAAUGUUUGACGAGAGCUUGUCUUUUUGUAAAGUGGCCGUUCCUGCGAAGCAUCUCGUACGCAACUUUAAACCGUGUCCGUAAUGAAUACGAAAUGUAUACGAAAGCUUCGAGAAUGAGAAGAUGAAAGCAAACAAAAUGAAAACGACGCAUAAUUGUACACGACAGAGAGAAGGGGUUUUUGCGAAACGAUAAAGAAGGGUCAUUCGUCGACGUCCUGCUCGUUGAGAGAAUAACUCGCGGUAUCGCUAUGAAAUCGCCGUCGUCGCUUUCGUUGACAUUGUCUUCGAUAUCACGCGUUUACUUGCAUAUUCAUCGACAUAAUGUUUGUCACGCAUUCCUUUCUCCAGUAAACCUGUUCUACCGAUUGAGAAAAUUGUUACUAUUUGCGAUAGCGGAAAUCGAGCGAUUGCGAGCUAAAGUUCGAAUCUGUAUGUUGAAAUUACUGUAGUAGAAUCUUUGUAGUUGUAGGAAGAAGGAGACAGUAUUCUCUUUUAAAUUGUCACAAGCCUAGGACCGAAUAGAGUCAAACUAAGAGGGAAGUGCGUGAAAUUUAAUCACUGUUGAUGUAGGGAAAGAUGGUAGAGAUAACUUUGUGACAAUUUGGCAGGGAAUAUUGUUUCGUGUAAUGUCAGGACGGUGCAACGAACAAUGAGGUUCUACCGUACCUCUUUAUUACAUAUGUUCGUGAAAGUCGACGUCGUUGAAAUUGAUACGCGUUGAAACGUUCAUCGGCGAUUUUAUUGCGAUCCACACUCGCAGCACUGUUCCGUCCAUCAGCUUGACCAUUGGGCGUUCUGAUUUUACAUCGGGUUCCGCCGAUGGGACUCCUAAGUCACAGUAUAUGUAACUUAACGAAUAAGUAAAAGAAAAUGAAACAAUAACACAGAAAAUGAAGGUACAGGCGUGUCGCGCAUUAUGUAUGACACGCAACCGGAAACGCCAAGACCCCUUCCCCGGUUCUACACUGAGUAUUAAAUUUGUACUAAUCGACUGAGUAUUAUUUUUAUAUCGAGCGUAAUAUUAAUAAUGGAAAAUUAAAUGCGAGACGGAAUGGUUAUACCGUACGUUAAACCAGAGAAUUAAGUAAUGCAGCGGUGACAAUGCGUUUUUUUCUCUUGUUUUCUUCAUUUUUCUCGUCCUUUUUUUUUUUUUUUUUGUUUUUAAAGAAUAAUACCGGAAUGAGAUAUAAAAACGUAACAGUGAACCAUUCCGUUCCGAGCAAACAAAAAAGAAAAGAAGAAAGAACGCAUGUGACCGAUGAAUGUGAGUGCCCUGAUUACAUAUUUUGUAUACAACCGUGAAAACCAAGCAAGCAAACGAAAAAUGAAAAAUGUAAAAAAAAAAAACAAACAAAUGAAACGAAGCGACAAACAAAAAGUAUAAAAAUGCAAAAGAUUGUAAUAACGCGAAAGUUUGUAGAGCGUUGCGAAGCUUUGGUCAGGUCAGAAGCUAACUUAAUAUCGAUGGCACGGAAUAACGCGUCGUUAGCAAUAGCGGGGGAAGAAAAUUACUUUUGUAUUCACGAUCUACGACAUAAGUUAGUUCAAGCUAAGGCCAGCAGCUGUUGAGAUUAUUCAAGGUUGUGUGUAUCAUUAUAAGUAUUUUGAAUUGUUGAAUAGUAAAUAGUGUAAGCGGUGGCUUGAACGGGGCGACGUCCCGCGCCCACGGAUAAACCAAGAGACGUCGCGUCGUCCAAGUUCGGUCUCAAGUAUUCAAAUGUCAGACUCCUUUCUCUGUCACGAACGAUGAUAAUGUUUUGUCCCGUACGAUCGACCUGCCGAAUUCACUUCGCCUGUGUGUUUUGUACACCCGGUUCCGUAAUUUGUGAUAUAAUCGAACGGGAAGCGAUUCCUCGUGCAAAGUAGGCCACCAAUGUGGAAUUGAAUCUUUCCAUACGAGGUUCCAUUUUCAAAUAAAUCGGCUUCGAAGAUUCUCUCGUUUCAGUACAAAUCACCAUUCUCUAAAGACACGACAGGUCAUAUUUGAAACUGAACCUGGUAUGGACACAUUUUACUCUAGAUUUUCGACUCAUCUUUGAACGAGGGAUCACCCCUUUUUUGAUUCCAUUCCAAAUUACUGGACAAUCUGUACACACAUACACAUACAUAUAUUUUUUAAUAUUGUAACGUAACGGUCGUAGAUCCCACACGCGAAAUUGUUGGGACGUUCUAAUUUAUAGAUAACAAAACACAUUACGCGGAUUUUCCCAUGACAGGUGCACCUAAUUUCGAUUAUCUUACGGGUCUAACUCGAAACUCUGGAAACUCUCGUUCUGUCCUAUUCGCCUUGUCUCUGUCACCCCGUUGAGUCUAUAUCUUUCCAAUCUCUGUGUUUUCUUACUUCGGACUAUCUGCGACUCUCUUUUUAUAUUGUAACGAUAAGCGAAAACCCUGUUAGACAUUUUAAGCUAUUUAUUGGGCUGCUAUGUGAUUUGUUGGAAAUUAUUUUGAGAUGAAUUUUUCUCUACAAUCUCGACGACGUCGCUGACGCGUAGACGCCAGCUGCGGGUGAUUCAUCGACGAAUCUUUCGGAUGAGAAGUAAAAGAAUUGUAAAAAAUGAAGAACAAAAAGAGAGAGAGAAUUGUGAUCACUCCACGUCUCUUAUUUUGCGCCUACCGGCCGGCUAAGUCAAGAGAGUAUUGCGCGAACUGUGUUUGUUGGCGCGAUUGCCCUCGAUUUUUCAAUAUGCGGGACAAAAAUCGCUGGAUGUUGUUUCGAUCAUUUUUUUUUUUUUUUUUUUUUUUUUUUUUUUUGUGCAAACGAUUCGACGCAACAGACACAGGCGAUCGGCGGGCAAAGGACCAAAAUGUACAACAAUUGCGUUUGCCCUUUUUUACGGUUGGUAUCGAUUCGUUUUUAUAACGUGUAAUGAAACGAUCGCGAACUGUAGUAUGUAUCGGAUGUCCGAGGAUUUUUAAGCGAUGUUGACAGAUUAUUUUUUGGGGAGCAUCUAAUUGCAAGGGCAUUGUUGUGAUACCACAGAUGCAGCUUCAUUGAAACUUAAAUAAAAAAUAAUGCGUUAACGAUU